UUUUUUUUUAGUUUGUUCACCGGACUUUUUUUUGCUUUAUCUCUCUCUCUCUCUUAAAAAGACAAAUAAUGUUUGGAAAGGGACAACAAGUGCCAUCAAAGGAGUUUGACUUGGAUGCACUAUUAAAUGCUACUUUACACGAUGAUGGGGAUGAAGACUUGGACAUGAAUGACCCAGACUUACUUAAGCAAUUACAGGAACUCUCUUCUUCAACCCCCGCCGCAGCAAAGAAAAAAAUACCAACAAAAAAACAGCCCACGCAAGAGAUGAAUAUUGAUAUUGAUUCAUAUGCAGCUUUAGCUCAAGGAGAAGACGAUAUCGAGGUCGAUUUGGAUGAAAGUGAUUUUAACGACCCUCAUCUACUGAAUGAGUUGUCGGCGUUAGAUACGGGGGCGCAUGAAUCUACCAAAGUCACAGAAUUAAUCAAUAUGGGCUUUUCCACACAACAAGCUGUCGAUGCUCUUCAACGUUUCGAUGAUGAUCUUGAAAGAGCUGCUAAUUAUUUAUUUGAUUCCCCUUCAAGUCCCCUUCCACCUCCUCCUCUCGAGGACGAAAUACCACAAAAAAAGUUACCCACACCCAUCAAUUAUGACGACCGUCCACAUGACGAAGAAGAGGAAGAGGAGGAGGAAUCAAUCGAUCCUCUGUAUUGGAAAGAAAAGGCACAAGCCUAUCAAAAGUCCGCACUGGUAGCAAAGAAGGAAGGCGAUAAAAAAAAGGCAGUUGCCUUGUUACGUGAAUCCAAACUAUUUCAUCAAAAAUUUCAGGAUUUAUCCCAAUUAAUGGUCGUCGAUCCUAGAGCACCUACACCACCUGCCAAAAGAGAGUUGUCUCCUCCACCUGCCGUAAGAGAUCCUUCACCUCCACCGGCAGUGCGAGAUCCCUCACCACCACCACCACCACAGCCUCGCUCAGUAGAGGAACAACCUGUGGUAGUUGAACCACCAAAACCAUCCACGGCCGAAUUACAACAAAUACAAGACGUGCUCAACCAAGUGAUCCGUUUACAAAAGCAAUACAAGGAAGCUGCAUUACAUUACAAGAAAAUCGGUAAUUUGUCAGUAGCUAAACAAAUGAUCCGCACCUCCAAGGAACUGCUACGUAUGGGUAUUGAUCUUAAAAACGGACAGACAACGCAAAUACCUCAACUUCCUUCUGCACCGGACAUGAAUUUGGGAGACGGUAAGAUACGUGCUGUGGGACAGCUCGAUACGACCACCACUACAAGCAACGACGGUAGCAGCAGCAGAAACUCCAUGCAACAGAUCGAAUCCCAGCUCACAUACCAAAUGAAUGUAUGCCACAACCUGGCCAUUCAAAAUGGCUUUUCAGCACAAAAGAAGAAAAGCAAAAUGAUGGUGGAGGAAAGUGACGCCUACCUCGCACUUGAAUCUGCCUUUGCAACAGACUUGGUCUCGUUUAAAAGCCUAAAUGAAAUCCCUGCUUUACAUUAUGAACAAGUGAACUACACAUAUAAAAAUAUCUUGGACACUGUACCGGAGAACAUGAUGGAAUUGAACAUUAUACGAUGUACGAGUUUACCCACGUUGGGUAUAGCGCAUCUGGAGCCGUUUGUGACCUGGGAUUUUGGAGGUUGGCCACCGGAGAAUACAGCUCAAGCGAGUAUGAAUAAAGGAGAGACACCUGUCUUACAGGGUGUAGACCCACAAUUUGAUUUUAGCUUACAGAUACCGAUCAGUCGUACGAACCGGUUAUUUACACGUUAUGUUAGUCGUAAGAAAUUAUGUCUGGAGGUAUUUCAUAAUAAAUACGCCUAUGGUAUGUUUCGAAGACCUGUCUCGAUUGGUAAAGUGGUGAUUCCCAUGGAUCGUUUAUUAACCAAAUCGUCCAUCUCGGGUGUAUUUGACAUUUUGGAUGCGAGUCGAAAAAAGACGGGAGGAAAGAUUGAAAUUGCAGUGAAUUUAAGAGAACCAUUGACAGGCGAGGAUAUUGUGAAACGGUCGGAACGAUGGUUGGUGUUGGAUGCGUUUGGUAGUACCGUGUCACAGCAUUUGUCUGCGGCCCGCAUGACAGUGGGUGGACCCUUGACCCCACAACUGGAAAAUCUGUCGGUGACAAGUUCGCCUGCUGCCUCUUCUAGUUCUCCUAUCGUCCACUCUCCCAUGGUGACGAGCAGUUCACCCUUAGUGACGAGUAGUUCACCCUUAGUGACGAGCAGUUCCCCUUUGGUCCAAACGAGUUCGCCAGCAUUGACUUCAACUCCUGUUCCACGUGCGGAAGAACCAUCGUCUGUCAAGGCCGAAAUGAAAAGGAAGGAGGAAGUAGAUGAGGAAUUGGAGCGAGCGGAAGAGGAAUUUGAGAGUGUGGAUAACCUUGUAUCGAAUAUGGUGAUGGAGCAUGAACUGGGGGUGGUGAAUGCGGCGAUGAGUGGAGCAAAGAAUAAAGAGGAAUGGAUGGAUCGUAAACAAGCGAUUGAGAUUAAGAUGAAUAUGCUUGUGAUUCAGGUGCAAACGGGAUUAUUGGACAUGGAGACGUAUUUGGCUAAUGUUCAGAAACGUAUGGAGAUGGAUCGACGGUUGGCGAUUGUGUUUAAAAAGUAUAAUCGGUUGGAUUUGGCGAGAGCUGCGCUUGUACGAAAAAAGAUUAUGCAGGAUGAGUUGGAUGAAGCUAGAGCUGCGAUGGAACAGGAAGAGUAAAUUUUUUUUGUGUGUGUGUCUGAGGAAAAUAAAAAAUUGUGUGCGUAUGAUUUUUAUAUGUACAGAGAGAGAGAGAGAUAAAUAGUGUUGUGGGAAUUUACCUUGUG